CAGCCGGAACGACCAGGUGGCAACGGACAUGCGCUUGUGGCUUCGCGAUCACUUGCUCGAGUUGGAGAAGAACUUGAAAGCCUUCAUCGCUGUCUCCGUUCAGCGGGCGGAACAGGAGAUUGACCACCUCAUGCCAGGCUACACUCACCUCCAACGUGCCCAGCCAAUUCGCUGGAGCCACUGGGUGCUGUCCCAUGCGUGGGCGCUGGCACGUGACCUGGAGCGCAUCACCGACCUCCGCCGCCGCGUCAACGUCCUCCCGCUUGGCAGCGGUGCGCUCGCAGGCAACCCGUUUGGUGUGGACCGCGCGUUCCUCGCCAAGGAGCUGGGCUUUGAGCGCGUGAGUGGCAAUUCGCUCGACGCCACAUCCGGCCGAGACUUUGUGGCGGAGUUCCUGUUUGUGUGCACGAUGGUCAUGACACACAUGAGCAAGUGGGCGGAGGACCUGUGCAUCUACUGCAGCAAGGAGUUUGCAUUCGUCACGCUCUCCGACGCGUACAGCACAGGCUCGUCCCUCAUGCCGCAGAAGAAGAACCCAGACUCCCUCGAGCUUGUUCGCGGCAAGGCCGGUACCGUGUUUGGCAGCUGCGCAGGGUUCCUCAUGUCGCUCAAAGGUCUGCCCAGCACAUACAACAAGGACCUGCAAGAGGACAAAGCCGCCAUGUUCGCCGUCGCUGACACCCUCGCCAGCGUCAUCCCGAUCUCCACCGGCGUGCUGUCCACGCUGACUGUCCAUCCCGAGAAGAUGCGCGCUGGCCUGAGCGUGGACAUGCUCGCAACAGACGUCGCCUACUACCUCGUGCGCAAAGGCAUCCCCUUCCGUACCGCACACGCCCUCUCCGGCAAGACCAUCAGCCUGGCAGAGGCCAAGAACUGCAGCUUGGACCAGCUCACACUCGAAGACUUCAAGACCGUUCACGAGGCGUUCGAGACCGACAUCACCGAGGUGUGGGACUUUGAGCAUAGUGUGGAACAGUACUCUGCUGCUGGCGGGACGAGCAAAGCAGCAGUCAUGACGCAGAUCAAGGACUUGAAGCAUGUGGCACAGGACGCCCAAUAGAGCAGCAUCCCGCUGUCUGUAGCAUGCUGUGCAGACAAAUCUACUUUGGCUGCCUGUUCUUGUGUGGUGCUAGGCCCGCUCUUGUCGUGAGUGCUUCUCAAAGAUAAACACACACUGAACCACA